AGCCUGUGGUGAUGGGUGGCGUGGUCCUCUCCUUCCUCCUUCCAACUAUCAUAAGUCGAGGAAUGUAUGGCGGGUCGCUAAGAAAAGGCAUAAACGAGAAAUAAACGAGAAAUUAUUCAACAAUGAUUUAGUUACUCCUUUAAGGCAAGACUCCAUUUUUUGUGAGCCGUCAAAACAAGAGUCACAAACAGCUGAUGCGGGGGAGCGGAACACCUGCAGGCGUACCGCCAUGCCCACGAAUAAUCCCAGGUAGCGGGAUGUGUGAUGACUUCCAAGAGCAUAGUAUUCACGUAACCUACCGCCAUAUGAAUAUCAACCAUUGCAUACAUAUGUACCUUUCAGGGGUACCUUCAUAGCAUUUCAGAUUAUUACAGGUAUUCCUUUAGCACUAGCUCAGCUUUUAAGACUUGCCACUUAAAGGAUAGUGGUGACAAUUAUCAUGGAAUCAUCCUACUUAUACUUCCUGCCCCUCACUGUCUUUGUGCUCUUCCCCGCUACCUUCAUUGUCACAUACAUCAUAUCAAUCUUACUGAAACACACAGAACCAGACUUUCCAUACAUCAGUGAUACAGGAACCUACUCUCCAGAGAGUUGUAUUUUCAGUCAAGCUCUGAACAUUGGAGCAUUUGCAAUACUCGUCACAAUCUACAUACGCUUCCGUCAGAUUGCUGAGCUGUACCGCAACCAUUCUUCUUCAGCCAACAUUGUGAGGCUGAAUCGUGUUGGUUUGUGUGUUGGUUCUCUUGCAGCUCUUGGUAUAUCAAUUGUUGCAAACUUCCAAGAGACUAAUGUAUUUUUUGUGCAUAUAACUGGAGCUCUGAUUGCGUUUGGCUUUGGAACCACAUACCUAUGGGUUCAGGCAAUGUGCUCUUACCAAACUCAUCCUCUGGUGAACAGUUUGGCCAUGGCCCAUGUUCGUAUGGGGUUGGCUGUUGUGGCUUCCAUCUUCUUUGUGGUGGGUUGUGUUUGCGCAAGUAUUGCUCAUUCACAGUUCAAAGGUAGCGACCCUCGUAAGUGGUAUCCUGAGGAUGGGGGCUGGGGCUUCCAUGUGGCCAGCACUGUGUCUGAGUGGGUGUGUGCUGCAGCAUUCAAUUUCUUUAUGCUGACACUUGUGGAUGAAUUUAAAAGCAUUUCUAUGGAUCCUCCCCAGGUGUAUGUGUCUGUAGAUACAUUGGCACCGACACAGUAUAGUGGGAUUGGAGAGCAAGAUCAGACAACAGAUGAUGUACAAGCUAUUUUGUCAUCUCAUUCAUACAUCACCUGAGGAACAUCCUCCCAGUCAGCUAGUCACUUGCCUGCUGACUGCUUUGUGGAGGGCAUGGGAGGGAGCAGUGAUGAUGAUUUGAGGCGUUUGCCAAACUUUGGGCAGGAAAGAAAUAAUAAUCCUGAAUGGCAAAAAGUUAAGUUACUCUUAAGCAACUGCUUCAAUUUUUCAUGUGAAGGAAAUGUUCUUUUAGAUGAUGAAAAUAUAUCUUGUUUAGAAGACUCCCCAGAAAUGAAAAGAGAUGAAGUGUCCUGCGAUAGAAAAGUUUCUGACUCGAUGGUGUGUGAUAAUGAAAAUGGGCAUGGAGUUCUCUCGUGCAUUUCAUCUCCAGAAAUUCAUUCAACUGAUUAUAUAACUCAUGAUGGAUCAUCUGCAGAAUGGGAAAAUAACAAGUUGUAUCCUGAUAUCAAGAAACAGUCAGGCAAAAACUAUAACUCAUUUGAGUCUUCUCCUCCCCUUGAUGAAAUCACGGAUGCUAAGGAGGCUUCUUUGGGAUCGCCAGGUCUCUUGACCACAAAUGAUGAACUAAGGCCUUUGAUUUCAAAGUAUAAUUCAGUGUUUUAUAGAAAUGGUGGAAGUGUUACAAAUGAAUAUGAUUGUGUUGCUAAAAAGGAAAAGUUUUAUAAUAAGGUUUUGCCAUUCCCUAUCAUGAGCAAAAGUUUUGGUUCUCCAGAAUACUCAGGCGCUGUAAAUUCUUUAGUCAAAUUUGAUGAUGAUACAAAUUCACAUUCUGUAUCUUUAAAUUAUAACAAAGAUAUGGAAUGUAAAGGUGAUAAUCUGUCAGUUUUUCAGAAGCCUAUUGUAGCAAAGGAUACAAUGAUCCUCUGCAAUGACUUAGACAGUGAUUGCCAUGUAAUUCCUUUAUCUUUCAGCCCAAAUGUCCACCCAGACAUGGGCUUAGUGCCUCCACUUAACAGCCAAGUGUCCAUGAACAAUAGUGUGCCUCCAGGAACUUUAGUUAGCUCUUCCUGUAAUAGUAAUUCAUUGGUAACUUUGUUGAAUCAGACCAAAGACUCCACCCAUCCGGCUUCUUGGCCACGAAGGCGACCCCAGUCACUUCGUGUGGCCAUGUGUUAUUCUGACCCUGAGCAUCUGCAAGCUAGUUUAGAAAACCCUUCACCUGUUGUUAACCUCCAAGAAAUAGCACUAGAAGACAUGACAACAAAUUCUUUAAAAGACUGUUUUUCAAGAAAAACAAACAUAUUAUCAAGUCCACCAGGCUUCAAUAGCUUGCCUGCUCACAAUGAAAGUAAGCUUAAGUGUCCAUUAAAUGAAAAUCUUAGUGGGAAACAAGAGCUUUCUUCGGAAAUAGAACAUAGAAAAGAUGAAGAUAGGGAUGUGUUAAGAGAUACAAAACCAGAUGAUGGUGAUAAUGUUACUGCAACUUCAAGUAGGGAUAAUGUUUUACAAGCAUCAGAUGUUUGUAAAGAAUCCUUCAAUUCAAUAACAGAGACUUUUCAUGCAAGCAAUGUUUUCACAAAUGUCACCCAAAGACAUGUGGAAUCUGAAGAUUGGGCUCUAAAAUCUCCGAGCAGUGACAAGGAAAAUGACCCAACAAUACUUUCUGUACGACCUAAGAUAAAAAGUAUUAGUACUUCUCAUUCACCAAAAAAAAAAAAAAUGUCUCCUUUGAAAAAGCAUAAGUCACCUAGGAAACAUAAACCUGAUGUUAUGAAAGAGGUUCCGUCAAAGUCAUUGUUACCACAGAAAUGUGAAAAUAUCAACAAAAAGGACAGUGUAUGCAGUAGAGAAGAAGAUGUGUGGGCAGUUGAUGAUUUCCUGCCUAUAAAGAAGCAUCAUCACAGUCAUUGUGUGGAACAACCUGACAAAAAUUCAAAGUUGUCUCCCACUUUGGUAGUGAAAAAUUCACUGUGUGGAUCAGAAGUUAAGGCAGGAUCAAAAUCUGACAAUGUUAAAGGUAAUAUGACACCUUUUUUUGAUGAUACAGAUUUUAGCAUGGUAAAUAGUACAUUUUCAACCGACACAGGCUAUGAGACAGAAACAAACGUAAAUUCAGUAAGUGGAGAGGACUGUAUUACAGCUGAUGAAGUAUCCAAAUCAAAGGAAAUAUCAACAUUACGUUCAAUGGCUCAAAGGAGUCUUAUGCCUGAUGUCAACUCCUCACUUUGUGUGCCCUCUGCCCACUCUACUCCUAUUAAUUUAUCAGGUCCUGCUACACCUAACACUGUUACUGAAGAUCUUACAGAAUACUACAGCAUUUGCUCUGAAUUAACAAAUUUAAUUAAUUUAUCUAAUACUAUUUCAUUGCAAAAAGAAGCAGGUGAUGACACUCCAGAUUACCUUAGCAUAUCUUCUGAAUUACCUGGAGUAUCAAAGCUACUAGAGGACAGUCCUUCUGCUGAUUUUGAUAUGCAACAGUGUUUUGUAGAGGAUAAUAAGAAUGUUGAACUCUCAGACAAUUCAUCAAGAUCAGACCAAGUUUCUCACAGCUGUGACUCUCAAGAUCCACCCUCAAAUGUGGAGCCUUCAACAGUUCUUGACACCUCAGUAGAUCAAGAUCCUCCAUCUCCCUCUGAGAAAGAAAAGACUCCUCCAGGCUCAUCUUCACCAUCCCCAGUGAACACCCCCUCACAAGAAUUAGUUGAAGUGAAGUAUGUGCAGCUUUCACUUAGCAUUGUGUUGGCCAUUGUCCUUCAUGCUAUGCAAAGUAUUUCCCAGUUUAUGUUAGAAAUAUUUCUUGCCACUGAACAAGAUGACCGAUGGGAUUAGUUAAUAAAAAUGUAUUGUUGUUUAGUUUGGUGCUUUGAUUAAAGGUGUAAAAAUUUGAAAACAAAAUCCCUCGCUUUCACAGAAAUGAGAUUAUAAAUGCUUUAUGCAUUUGUGAAGUAUGUUAAUUGAAAGUACACAAUAUAAAGAAAAUUAUUAACUUGAUGAUUUUGUUACUUUUUAAUUUUUACUUAAAGGUACACCUUUUAAGGACAGAGUGGUGUUUCUAAAUGGAGGACUUUAGUGGUUGUAUUUUUUGUAUACAUAUGCUGCACUGUUAUGUCAAUUCAUGUUUUUGAAAUACAGUCAAGUGACUAAAAUACUGAUGUUAAGUGAGUUACAAUGUGGGAUCACUUAUGAAAUACCUACUUAAAUGGCAGUAAAGUAUAGGGAACCAUAGAAAAAGUAAACAUUUUUGUAUCAGAGAAAUUCAACCUAUGCUUAACAAAAUCAUUGUGUCAGAGUGAAAAAAGUCAUCAGUAUCAAGUGUAUGUUAAUUACUGUCAUGUUUAUGAAAAUCCCUUGCCUCCUCUUAUCAAUUCUUAUGUUGUUGGAGGAUGGCACUACUUGCCUUGGAGAUAUUUUGUAUGUACUAACCCUCUUGGCUAUGUAAUUAUGUAGACUGAGCAAUAGUACAAUGAUUACUUGAUAUAGAUGAUCAUGAGAAAAAGCUGACAUUAUGAGGAGUGUAAGAGACAUUUGUUGGUACUUCCACAAUGUAUUGUUUGUACUCAUAGCUAGCUUAAAGUACUGAAUGGAGGUCAAGGUGCAUUCCAGUACCUUGCUGGCAGAGUUCAAAGCUUAUUAAAGUCUGGUAAAUGUGCUUGGACUGAUAGAUAAUCAGCAAUAUUUGAUAAGUAUCAAAUAAUGUCUUAAACCCUUGAC